AUUGGAAGUCAAAAAAUGGCUGCUCCCUUGACACGUAUAUCUUGGUCUAUUUUAAAAAGAAAUCAAUUCCAGUAUAAACAAUUUCUAAUAAUCUCGUGCGUGGAUCGUUUUUCACAAUACAAACGUUCGUACACGCAAGAUCAGAAGUCUCGAAUUUCCGACAAUGCAAUUAGAAAUGCCUUAUUUUGUACUAUUUUCUUCUCCGGUGUUGGUUAUAUUUUGUAUAAAUGGAAGGACGAUUAUUGGAACCGGCGCAGCAACUUGAUAAAUCCGAUGUCCAUAAUACAUGCUAAACAAAUUCCCUGGGAUGGAAAUGACAACAACAAUAAUAAUAGAGAUAGAUAUAAUUUUAUAGCCGAUGUGGUGGAGAAGUCAGCUCCUGCAGUGGUGUACAUAGAGAUUCAAAACAAGAGAGGUAGACCAUUUAAUAUAAGCAACGGAUCUGGUUUCAUUGUUGAAUCAGAUGGUUUGAUAUUGACAAAUGCUCAUGUUGUUAGUGCUAAGCCUAAUACAACUGUUAAGGUACGUCUUUAUGAUGGAAGUACUUAUAAUGGUGUUGUGGAAGACUUUGAUGUACACAGUGAUCUUGCAACUGUGAGAAUUAACAAGACAAAUUUGCCUGUAAUGAAGCUUGGUUCUUCCUCAAAUCUUAGACCAGGAGAAUUUGUAGUGGCUAUUGGAUCUCCAUUAGCUUUAAGUAACACAAUAACAAGUGGUGUAAUUAGCAGUGUGAACAGACAAAGUCAAGAGCUUGGUCUUCUUAAUAAACAAAUGGCUUAUAUUCAAACAGAUGCUGCAAUCACUUUUGGGAAUUCAGGUGGUCCAUUGGUUAAUUUGGAUGCAGAAGCAAUUGGUAUAAAUGCAAUGAAAGUAACAUCUGGCAUUUCUUUUGCAAUACCUAUAGAUUAUGCUAAAGAUUUCUUAAAAAAAGCAGAAAUGCGCAGGAAAGGCAGAGUAGAUGCACAGUUUGGUACAAAAACUCAAUAUAUCGGAGUCACGAUGCUCACUCUUACCCCCGAUCUUUUCUUUGAAUUGCAAAAAAAAUUGAAGGGAGUUCCGUAUAACAUCAGACGUGGAGUUUUGAUCUAUAAAGUCAAUGAGGGAUCGCCAGCACAUUUAGGAGGUUUACAAGCUGGUGAUAUCGUAACGCACGUCAAUGACGAAGAGGUAGAAUCUUCCGCUAGUAUCUACAAAGCCGUAGAAUCAUCCAGAAUUUUGAGAAUGACUGUAAUCAGAGGUCUAGAAGUGUUACAUUUACGAAUCGAGCCAGAAGAAAAUUAAAUUUGUAUCUAGUUCUGUUCUUACAUUGAAAUUAAAAUUGAAACAAAUAUCUCUCUCCAAA